ACUAGAGCCAUAAUGUAAUAUAUAUUUCGUUUUUCUUGAUUAUAGUACUUGUUUUGAAGCAUGAAGAUUAAAUUAAAAAGGUGAAUUAGCAUUGAAACGAGAUCAUCGUGCCAACCAAAAAUGAAUAAGGAAUAAAAUUAUCUAAAACUCCAACGUGAUAAAUUCAGAAAAUAUAAAGUGUGUUUUCUUGGUUUAUUAGGCCGUCCAAUAUUAAUUAGCCCUAGGUUAUAUGAUGAGGGUUGCAAUGUUUUUCCUUUUAUUUUUCUUUGGUGAAAUCUUUACCUUUUUUUUUUUUUUCUUUUUUCCAUGUAUAACUUUCAUUAUAUCGUUCGUGGGUAUUAAUGAAACUUUAUAUCAAUAUCAUGAGAUUAUUGUUAUUUUUAUGUUAUUGUAUAAAACUAGUAGUUCUAACAUAACUAGUAUUCUAAAUUCGAUUUCUUUUUUCUACACUAAGUGAGUUUUUGCCUUUAUAGCUAGUGUAAAUGGAUGAUUACUCUUGUAUAGUUUAUGAUUUGUUUACUCUCCAAUAAAUAAAAAAAUAUUAUAAAUUAAUAAUUACCCUUUUGAAAAAUAAACAGCUUAAAAAAAUAAAUCAUAUUAACCUUGCUUUUCUAAAAAAAACAAAAAUAAAAAAAGAGCAAAAUUUUCUCAACUAAUAAGGUGCUCCAAAAAAAAUGUGUUAAAAAACCGAGUGAUGAUUUUUGGAAGAUUAACUCAUCACCACUGGGUUUUUGAUCUAGUGAGAACCCUUUUAAUUUUUAUUUAAAAUGUGUGCAAGUACUACUUUCUCAUCUAAUCUCAUAGCUAGGCUAAUUCUUUUAUUUUUUCUUUUUCUUUUUUAAAUAUAUAUAAUAAACUAUUAAUUACCAAGUCAAUUAUUUAAUCAUUAAUAUCCCUAAACAGUUUGUGCAUUUGAUCUACCAUGUACACGUUCAUUGCCAUUAUAAAUAUUCACACUUUCCUUCUCAUUCUCUCCCAAGUUUUCUUCUUCUUCUUUUUUUGUUUUUUUAUUCCUGCUCAGACCAUCUACAGCUCUUCCUCUCCUUCUGUCUUCGCCUAUCAUCAAAAGGGUUCUUUCUCAAGAAAUCUUCUGUACACACAGGAACAAAAACAUGGGUGGGAAUUCUCCAUGUGCUUCUUGCAAGUUACUUAGACGCCGGUGCGCGAAGGACUGCAUUUUCGCCCCUUACUUCCCUUCUGAUGAUCCCCACAAGUUUGCCAUUGUUCAUAAGGUUUUCGGUGCUAGCAAUGUUAGCAAAAUGUUGCAGGAGCUACCGAUUCAUCAAAGGGCAGAUGCAGUGAGUAGUCUGGUGUAUGAAGCAAAUGCAAGGGUAAGAGACCCAGUUUACGGAUGUGUUGGGGCAAUAUCUUAUCUGCAAAACCAGGUGUCUCAGCUUCAAAUGCAGCUAGCGGUGGCUCAAGCAGAGAUAUUAUGCAUCCAGAUGCAGAAUGAGCCAGCAGUGGUGAUGCCAACUCCACAGAUUGAGCAUAACGAUGAUGAUGAUGCCAAGUCAUUUCUCUACCAACAAAACACUCUCCCUCAUCAUCACCAGUACCUUAAUUUUGCAUCUUCUAGCAGUGUAAUUCAUGAUUCUCUUAAAAGAGAGAGCAUUUUCGGUGACAUUAUUUCUUAAUCAAUCAAUACAAACUUUAUGUUAUGCUUCU